AUGACAAAUACACCAUCCGAGAUGAAAUCAGAAGAAAAUUCGUUGUACGUAUCCAUGUCAGCCAAGCCACCAUCCGAAAUGAAGUUAGAAGAAGAUCCAGCAGUGGAAUGGAAAUUCUUUCUACAGAAAUUCAAAAUUUUCAUUCAAGCUACAAAAGCAGAAAGCGAAUCCGAAGAAUAUAAAGCCGCCUUGCUGUUGAAUUGCAUCGAAAAAUUUGAGGCAUACUUCAUACCAAGUGUUAAUGUUACAUAUGAAAGGUACAUAUUUUUCACCAGAGAUAUGGAAGAAUCGGAAACUGUGGAUGAAUAUGUAACUCAGUUGAAACAAUUAAGUAAAAAUUGUGAAUUCGAAAAAUUAACAGAUUCUCUCAUAAAGGACAGAUUGGUCUUAGGCAUCAAAGAUAAAAACGUCAAGGACAGACUCUUGAGAACAAAAAAUCUGGACUUGAUAAAGGCGGUGGAAAUAUGUAAAUCUGCAGAGAUAACGAAUAAACAAUUGGAAAUUUUAUGUUCAAAUCCUGGUCCGAGCAUUAGGAAGAGAGAAGAUAAUCAAGAAUUAAUGGAAGUGAGACGAAAAAAUUUUCACAUGGGUAUGAAGAAGCAGGCGCCGAACACAAGGAGACAGAAUGAAGUAUCUAAUGGACAAGGACAACAACAUCCCAGGAGUCGUCAAAGAAAACAGAUAAGUUUCAAGUCAUUUAAUACUAAAGGAUAUGGCCGUCCAAUAAUUGGAAAAACCUCAAUAGAAGACUUGGAUAUUGCGAGAAUGGUAGCGGAAAUGAGUGACACCAAGAGGUAUAUGCUUGAUAUUCAUGAUGUUUUUGAUGGAAUUGGGUGUUUACCAGGUCAAUAUAGAAUUAAGGUAGAUGAAACUGUUAAACCUUGCAUCCAUGCAGCUAGACGCUUUCCCCAAGGGAUUUUGGUACCAGAAUCAUUGAGAAGAGAAAUGUUGAAUCUGAUCCAUUUAAGCCACAUGGGCAUUGUUAAGUGUAAUUUAAAAGCAAAAGAACUACUUUAUUGGCCAAAUAUGUUUCGUGACAUAGAAAAUGUAGUAUUAUCAUGUGACAUUUGUCAAAAGUAUUCUAGAAAUAACUUCAAAGAGUCACUCAUACCGCAUCCCAUUCCCGAAUAUCCAUGGCAAAAAGUAGGUUGUGAUUUGUUUGAAAUUGAUGGCAAAAAAUAUAUGAUUGUUAUUGACUAUUUUUCAAAAUAUGUUGAAAUUUGUAAAUUGAAUUCUAUUUCUUCAGAAAUUGUUAUUAAAAAUUUGAAAUGUAUAUUUAGUAGAUUAGGCAUACCACAAAUAUUCAUGUCUGAUAAUGGUACACAAUUCUCCAGUUUUGAAUUUCAGAGUUUUGCAAAAAGUUGGCAAUUUGAAAAUAUAACUUCUAGUCCAAAUUAUCCACGCUCUAAUGGUAUGGUAGAGAGAGCCAUUCAAACUGUUAAGAAUAUAAUAAAGAAAAAUUCAGAAUCAGAUACAGAAUUAGAAUUAGCUUUAUUGGACUAUAGAAAUACUCCAAUAGAUGUAAGCAUACCUUCACCUAGUGAAUUGUUUUUUAAUAGGAAAACUAGGACAAUUUUACCUGUUAAAAAGGAAUUGUUAUAUCAUAGAAAUAUAAAUUUUAAGCGACAGAGAAAUCUCUUAGUGAAAAGACAAAACAAACAGAAGACAUAUCACGACAGGAUGUCAAAAACUUAUUAUUAUAAUUUUAAAUGA